AUGGCAAGCAAGAAGUGGGCUCGCCCUUUCCCUGUAUGUGCAGCUGUUGGACCCGCCGGGACCUACACCUCCGCUGAUGACGGUAUAGCAGCUCAUACAGCUGCAAGUCCGGACGACCAGGAUAGUGUUGUCUACUUGACAAAAAUACAACUACGGAAAGUUACCGUUAUAAUCUGCGAGCGUUCCGCACCCAUACCGUUCUGGAAGCACCCGCCGGUGGGGUCGGAUGCUGUAACAAUCCUCGCCAGCACUGCGGCAGACAUAAUCAUAGUGGCGAGCGAGGUGGACUUCAUAGCGGCACUUGAGGAUGGUCUGGAUGAUGCUCCUUGUUAUUGA